GUUAUCUGGUUUGUUUACAAAAUGUCGACCCUCGUUGGUAGUACGGUGAUGCCCGGAGAUGUCUUACAGCUGGGCCAAGCUGAGGGUAACAAAAAGAUUAUUCUUGGCCCGGGUUUGAUAGAAGAUGGAGAAAUCGUCAAAAUUACUAAACCUGGUAUUUUAAGGUUUCGAGAACCGGCAGCUUAUUGGGUUGACUGUCAUCAAAAAAGGUAUGUACCAAUAAAAGGAGAUGCAGUGCUGGGCAUUGUUACCCAAAAAGCAGGUGAUAUUUUUCGUGUCGACAUUGGUAGCAGUGAACUGGCUGGCUUAUCAUAUCUCUCAUUUGAAGGUUCAACUAAAAGAAAUCGUCCAGAUGUUAAAAUAGGUGACAUAUUGUAUGCAAAGCUUUUGGUGGCAAACAAAGAAAUGGAGCCUGAGCUAGUAUGUAUAGACAGUCAUGGACGAAGUAAUGGAAUGGGUGUGAUACGAAAUGGUGGAUUCUUUUUUCAAGUAUCACUUCAAUUAUCUAGAAAGUUGCUAAGCCCAGAUAAUGCAUUAAUCAGUCAUCUUGGAAAAAGAUUCAAGUUUGAAAUAGCAGUUGGCCUAAAUGGCAGAGUUUGGAUAAAGGCUAAAAAUGAUAUACAAACAAUAGCAAUAGCCAAUGCAGUCAUGGCAUCUGAACUAAUGGACAAUGAACAAAUUGAAAAUAUGUGCAAAAAACUUUCAAAGGUUGUGGCAGGAAUGUGUGAAGAUUGAAUUUUACACAUCAGGAAGUUGAGGAAACUACAUAACUUUUGUGGCUUCAGACAUGCAGCAAUCUUGUUGUUUCAGCUGAUAAAAUGUAAAUAAUGCUCAUUUUCAAAAUGUCAUACUGCAUUUUAAAUAAAUUUUAAUCUAUGUCA